AUGAGCACCCGCUCACCCCCCUCCCGCGUGCGCUUCUCGCCCGAAGUCUCGCGCUCCCACUCGCCCGACUACUGGGCGCCCAGCCCCGACAGCGACGACCCGCAGCAGCAGAUGCUCGCCAAGCCGCUCUCGCUCCCGCUCCCGCUCCCGAGUGCGCGCGGGCGCCGGCGGAGGGCGGACGACGAUGUAGAGGUGCCGUGGAUGCGGCUGCCCAUGACGAUCAUGCUCGUGGCGGUGCUCAUGGUCUUUGCGGUGGGCUUUGGGGUCAUAUUUUGGGAGAAUGAGGCCGAGGGGAGCGACAGGGACAUCCUCGUCAACGCCCAGCACGGCGUUGUUUCCUCCGACGUCGACGUCUGCUCCGAGAUUGGCGUCGGCAUCUUGAAGAAGGGCGGCAACUCCAUUGACGCAAUCAUUGCCACCGGCGUCUGCAUCGGCGUCAUCGACUCCUUCUCCAGCGGCAUCGGCGGCGGCGGCUUCCUCGUCGCCCGCACCGUCCAUGGUGACUCCAAAUCCUUCAACUUCCGCGAGAUGGCGCCCGGCGCCGCCACGCGCGACAUGUACAACGGCCAGCCGCUCCUCGCGCAGAUUGGCGGACUCGCCGUCGCGAUCCCGGGCGAGGUGGACGGAUACGCGACGGCGCACGCGCUGUACGGGAAGCUAGCAUGGCACGAGCUGUGGGUGCCGAGCGUCGAGCUGUGCCGCGGCGGGUUCGUGGUCACGGCCACGCUCGGCUACCACAUACACACGCAUGCGGCCUUCUUCACGGCCAACAGGCACAGCUGGGAGCACCUGUUUUCGGAGGAGACGGGCGAGCUGCUGCGCCCCGGGGAGAUUAUGCGGAGGUGGGCGUACGGGAGUACGUUGGAGGUUAUUGCGGCGGCGGAGGAGGCGGGCGAGGGGGGUGAUACGUAUAGGGGGGUGCGCGAGUUCUAUAAUGGCACUAUUUCGAGGCAGUUGGCGAGGUUUGUGCAGAAUAAUGGCGGGAUCCUGACGGAGGAGGACUUUGGAAAUUUCUUUACGGUGGUGGAGGAGACGGCAAAGACCAUUAUUGAUGAUAUGGAGGUUAUUACUUGUCAGUCGCCCUGCGGUGGACCGGUGCUGAUCGAAGGCCUCAACAUCGCCGAGGGCCUCGACAUGCGAGACCCCCAAGACCCGCUCUCCUAUCACUAUCUCGUAGAAACCAUGAAAUGGCUCUCCUCCGGCCGCACCGAACUCGGCGACCCCACCGACCCCACCGUCGCCGCCAACCACCCACGCAUCCACGAGCUCACCACAAAGCACUGGGCCGCCUCCGUGCGCGCCAACAUCUCCAGCACCCACACCUACCCCUGGGCGCACUACAAGCCGGCCUACGAGCCCACCGAGCCCCAUGGCACCUCGCACAUCUCAGUCUUUGACCGCCACGGCGGCGCCGCGGCCCUCACAACCACCGUCAACCUGCACUGGGGUGCCAUGAUCCACGACCCCGUCACCGGCAUCGUGCUCAACAGCGAGAUGGACGACUUCUCCAUCCCCGGCCGCAGAAACGCGUACAACCUCGAGCCGAGCGUCUACAACUACAUCCGGCCGUACAAGCGGCCGCUGUCGUCCACGGCGCCGACUAUCGUUGUGGAGGGCGAUGGCAACGUUGGGCUGGUCAUUGGCGGCAGCGGCGGGAGCAGGAUUGUGACGGGCGUGUUUGAGGCGGUGGUGAAGACGUACUUUUGGGGGUGGGAUCUGCUGGAUACGAUUAAGAGCCCGAGGCUGCAUCAUCAGUUGAUACCCGAGACGGUGAGCGCGGAGUGGGAUAUGGAGGCGUGGGUGGUGAGGGGUUGGAGGAGAGGGGGCAUAGUGUGGUCAUGA